AUGCCUGACCCUGUCAGUAUUACCGCGUCAAUCUUUGGCAUAGUCCAGGGCGUAGCAUUCCUGUCGAGUACCAUAGACAAUAUCCGAAGCGCCCCGGAGUCCAUCAAGAACAUUCAGCGCCAGCUCCAACAUCUCAAACCCAUCCUUAGCCAGCUCGAGUGCGCUGUGGACCAAAAGCAGAUUGACAUCGACCAGGUAGGCGCUGAACUUAAGGCCGCUCUUCAUAAUUGCGACCAGGCAUGCACUGAGUUCAGCACCUCACUUGGCCACUGGACAAGACACUCCAGUGAAGACGAAACGUCCGUUCUGGAUUAUACCAAGAUUGGGCUUUUGCGCCAAAGUCGAAUACGAUUGAUGAAAGAUCAACUGGAUCAGUGCAUCAAGAUACUCAGCGUCACUUUGGUGACCAACACCGCUCUCCAAAUGAGUCGUCAAGAAGGCAUGAUCAAAGACCUUGCUGGCAACAAACUAUCAUCACUCGAAGCUUCUCUCAAGAAAAGCAUUAAUGAAGUUCCAAAGGACAAAAGAGCAAUCGUUAAGUACGAGGCAGAGGCAUCAGGGUCCAGUGAGAUUGAUGACAAGGAAUCUAUUGCGCAAGAAAUAGAGCGAUAUAAGGAUAUGGUCCGAGUAUCCGAGAAGGUUUGCAGAAAGGCGCUCGAAGCUGUCACGACUGAACGAGCAGCGCAAAGGAUUUCGGCCGUUUGUGCUACCGAGGAGAGUACCACCCUAGCGGGAAAGUUCAAUGUGGAUGGGUCAGACAUGACCGGGCAGGAUAUCUCGAAAGUCCAUGCUGGCCAGAAAAGCUUCGCAGUAGCGGGAUUGGCAAACAACUUUGAUUUUACGUGCUUUGUUCCCAGGAGGAACGAUUAG